CGUCUUCACACACACACACACAUGGCGGCGACGACGACGAGGGCGGCAGUGACCGUCUCCAUGGCCCUGUCCAUGGCAGCCCGGCGUAUGACGCCCAUGAGUGCCGUGGCUCAUGCCCGUUUGGCUGGCCUGCGUCGCAACUAUGUCAACCCUGACCUCAACCGUGAUGGCCGCCCCGUGAGCCUGCGUAAGCAGUUUGACGGCCACCGCACGCGCGAAGUCCUGGCCAACAACACAUUCAAGGGCCUCAUCCGCCACGCGGGCCUCAGCGCCGAGGAAUGGAUCGAUUUGCGUGUGCAAGUCAAGAAGAGCGGAGCCAAUAUGACAAUCCUGCCCAACGGCGUGAUGCGCCGCCAACUCGCCCUGCUUGGCGCAUCGGAAGAGACGGUAGCCAUCUUCAAGGGCCCAAUCGCCCUCGUGCACUCGGAUGAACUCUCGUUCAAGCUCCUCAAGGAACUCAACGAUCACCCCAAGCUGGAAAUGGUUGCCGCCCUAGUUGAUGAUCAACUGGUCGACCAUGGCAAGAUUGAACAAUACGCCAGCCUGCCGGACAAGGACACCUUGCUGGCCCAGCUCGUCGCCACGCUGCAGCAACCAGCUGGUGCCUUGGCCCAAGUCCUCUCGCGCAAUCAAACCGCUCUCGUCCAGGCUCUGCAGCAGCUUCACAAGAUGCACGAGGACGGCGAGGGUGCAGACAAGUAAACGUGGCUGCAACUACCUCAACACCACUACCUUCAACCAUCUUCGUCGCUGUUUUCUCCUUGCAUCCAGUGCUUCUCCUCUUGCCCGCUUUCCUUUGUUAACUUUUCUUUUGCGUGGUUCCUCAAAAUUGAAAGGUUCCCAC